UCGAUAUUAUAUUAUUAUGAUGAUUAUUAUAAAGUUAUAACUAUUGGUACAGUAAGUUAUUAUAUCUGUGCAAUAGCUGUGUAGUGUGGUUUUGUUUGUUGCAUUUCGGUUGAAUUGUUUUUUCCGUUGAGUUUGUUAACUAGCAAUAUAAGACGGGUUUUCCACUAAUUACCUCACCAUAACCCCAGUUUAGUUUAUUUACAGCUAAUAGUUACAUUAACACCCUAACUGUUAUAACUUACAAAAUCAAAUAAAAAUCCAAAACCAGUAAAUAUAUAUACCUGUGUAGGUCCCACACUUGUGUUUAACCCACCCUUUCCUUUUUCUCUUUUCCUUCCGCCGGAAUCACAACCGUUGAUCUUUCUUGAUUAAUCAUGUCCGUUAAUCUCGCCGGAAAUUGAAGAAAGAACAAAAUAUGGUACAGUAAGGUUCCAUAGAGAAAGAAAGAGAGACAUCAAUGGCGUCUCCGGCGAAGACGCAGCUAGUAUUAGAGAUCAACUUGAUCUCAGCACAAGGCUUGAAACCACCGUCAUCUCCACGGCGAAGGUUUCAAACCUACGCUCUCACGUGGAUCGACUCUUCAACGAAGCUCCGAACACAAGUCGAUAAAAUCGGUGGUCAGAAUCCUACAUGGAACGACAAAUUCCUCUUCCGUGUCACGCCGGAGUUUCUCGCAAGUGAAACCUCCGGCGUCUGCGUCGCGAUCUACGCCGUCGGCACUUUCCGUGAUCACAUAGUCGGCACAGUGAGAUUCCUCACAAGCAACAUCCUCUCCUCCGACGGCGGUAACAGAACUCCCUGCUUCAGCGCAUGUCAAAUACGGCGUGAGUCGGGAAGAUUCCACGGCGUGAUGAACAUCGGAGCCAUGGUAAUAGACGGAUCCGGUUUUCCGGCAUUGGAAAAAAUAUCGGCGAUAGGCUACCGUGACCUAAUGGGAGAGAAGUUAAAACACCGGCGUAGAAAGUUGUUGGAACCGAAAUUGAAGGAAGCGGUUAUUGCAGGAGAAGAAGGUUCGAGCGAAUCUUGCGAUAAUUGUUAUGCGGAAUCAGUGGAUGAAACGGAGUCAACAUCAACGACAUCGUCUUCUUCGUCACCAAAAACGACGGCGUUAAAGGAAUGGAACGGAGUGAGAGAAAUGGCGGGAAAUAAAGGGUUAGCGGGUUCAGGAUUCUUGUGCUGUUUGGUUGCACAGAGAAGUGUUCAUUCUCUCACUCCUUCCAAUACCAACACCAGCAGGUAGUAGUCUAUAGUUUCAUCAUCACAGUAUGAUGGACGGUGGAGAUUCUCCUAUCAAUUUCAGUGUUAAAAAGGCAACAAUUGUUAUCACUCAUUCUUCUAUUCAUGUUGUUGACCUUUCUUUUCCCAUCCUCUGGGACUACUAUAUAAUCAGUCCCUUCUUCUCUUUGUUGUUGUACACUAGACUACACUCUGUUUUUCUUUAACUUUUUACUUCUUGCUUUUUAAUCCAA